UCCACACGGGCCCCAUGGGAGAAGGGCAGGCAGCUCGCUGGAGAAAGGCGAGAACCGUCCCAGGGGAUACUUCAGGGCGUCUUUUGAGACAGUCACUGAACUGGGCCUGAAUGGCAAGCAGGUUCCUACCAGAGGCAAUGGGCGGGUAUAGAAUGUUCCGCAGGAUCAGGCUGUGCAAAUGCAGCACCUAUCAAGUGGGAAAAGCAAUGUACGGUUCCGCGCAUGCGUGCGGAGUCCCUCGUGCUUACUUGAGGACACCUGCGCAAGCGUCGCAAGGAUUUCUUUUUUCCCCGUUGCCCUGCCUCCUGAAGUAGAUUCUGUCAUAUGAUGAAUCCACAUACCAUUAAGAAACAGCCUCUGCAUCAGUUUGUCCAGAGACCACUUUUCCCACUCCCUGCAACCUUAUGUAACACAGUGAGAUACAUGUUUAUUCAAACACAAGAUACCCCAAAUCCCAACAGUUUAAAGUUUAUUCCAGGAAAACCAGUUCUUGAGACAAGGACCAUGGAUUUUCCCACACCAGCUACAGCAUUUCGCUCCCCUCUGGCUAGGCAGUUAUUUAGGAUUGAAGGAGUAAAAAGUGUGUUCUUUGGGCCAGAUUUCAUCACUGUCACAAAGGAAAAUGAAGAGUUAGACUGGAAUUUACUGAAACCAGAUAUCUAUGCUACAAUUAUGGAUUUCUUUGCAUCUGGCUUACCUUUAGUUACUGAGGAAACACCUUCAGGAGAAGCAGGAUCUGAAGAUGAUGAUGAAGUUGUGGCAAUGAUUAAGGAACUGUUAGAUACUAGAAUACGGCCAACUGUGCAGGAAGAUGGAGGAGAUGUAAUCUAUAAAGGCUUUGAAGAUGGCAUUGUACAGCUGAAACUCCAAGGUUCUUGUACCAGCUGCCCCAGUUCAAUCAUUACUCUGAAAAAUGGAAUUCAGAACAUGCUGCAGUUUUAUAUUCCAGAAGUAGAAGGUGUAGAACAGGUUAUGGAUGAUGAAUCAGAUGAAAAAGAAGCAAACUCACCUUAAAUUAAUUUGAGUUUUCUUUGGGCCCAGCAGUUGGACUUGUUGAUACAUAUACUAAGCUUUUAUUAUUAAUCUGCUAAGGAACUUGAGGAUUAAUAAAAUAUACCCUUUCUUCAGAGAAUGAUAUAUAAA